AUGUGUCUAGAAGAUGGACAGACCUUCGAGGCCGCUUCGCGCAUGACCAUGAUCAUGAGACUGAGAAUGAGAACCAGCCAGUCUUACUUUUGGAUGUUAGCCGUUGCUGCUGCCAUUGUCUCCCGCCCAUUCGGUUCCCCCACUGCGACAUUUGAGCCUACCAAAACACCGGCAUUCUCACCAGUGGGUAACGAUCAAGAGAUGUCGCCCCGGGUUCGUCGUGGUCUGCCUCCUUCACCUCCCCGGCGUCCUGUUCUUCCUCUACCUCGUCCACGGCGUCGUACCAUGUCUUUUGUGGACACCAGAACAAUUCUUGCUGCCGACGAUCCUUCGUUUGAUCCUGAUCACGAGACUCAGCAUGAAUUCGUCAAGCGACGACAUGCGGCUCGCGCAGCGGUCCUAAGAAAAAGGGCCGAGGAAAGAAACCGCGAAACCAUGGCAGUAAAGCGUGCUGCCGCCGAGGAAGCUGCCCGUCUAAAGCUCUAUGCUUCUUCCAACCCCCCGAAGGAGACCUCGCCAAGAGGAUCGCCAAUCACCGCUAAUACGGGGAAUCUUCGCACUUCCCCGAUUUCAGGACUCGUCCCAAUGGCUUCACAUUUCCAGACUUCCCCUACUUCACGCGGAAGGGCUUCCAAGGAGGCUCCUAUCCAGACCGCAGCAAAGUCGAAUGUCGAUGCGGAAAGGGCAAACCCACGCAAGCGCAGCCGUGGCUUUGGUCUCGAUGAAGACGACCUCGCCGUCCACGAAGAAGACUUCACACCCGAGGAAUGGGAAGUGCUUAAGGCACAAGUGGAGAAGGCUGAAGAAGAUGCUGCCAAAGCGGCUCAAGAAAGUGUCCCCCCUACCAAGAAACGCCGCGUUGAUCAAUCCCCGAAGCAGCAGAAGCGUACCCAGCGAUCAGUCCGUCGUCAGACCACUACGCCCCGUCAUAAUCAACCUCCUAGCCGUACCACCGGUUUCGUUCCGAAUCGACGAGGAACUUUUGCGCCACCCGAUCUGUCUCCAAUCGACUCGAGCCGAUCGCUGAACGACCCCGACUCGCCUUCGGUUUCUCAAACUUCUCCGGCCGCAACCCAGUCAUUGGAGACCAACGAAGUCCCGAGAUCUACACCAAAAAAUGGGUCCAAAUCCCGUCGCGAAUCGCGAGCCCAAGCUUCCCAAAAAGGUACGAUGAUCAACGGUGUCUAUUUCCCAAAGCAUCCGGUUCCCUGCUGCGAUUCAAGCGCAGAAGAGGCCUACCGAUUCCCUCACCGUGCCUUUCUUCCCAAGAUGGCCGCCACUUAUUGGUUGAGACGAGAAAGGCGCUGGAACCCUGGUCGCCUCUUCACCCUUCCCAAGUUGUUCCAACCGCAAGAGGCAGAAGAGGUUCCCAAACCUCCUCAAACCCCCAAUGCCCCCAAGAAGAGGGUGAGAUGGGCAGACCUUGAAUCCCCAUACAGCUCAGGAAUCAAUCAGGACUGGUAUAACGAGCGCUUUGAGUCUGCUCCCACCACCCCGGUUUCUAUUCUGCGCCGGGUUCGUGAGCCUUCGCAGACCUCGCGGACGUUCGAAGAUACUUCUCUGGCGGCUUCAUCCCCGACAUUGCCCACUAUGCCACGCCCCGCGAUCAAGCGAAAGCGGGACGCAGCGUCUGCUUCAGAUAUGUCUUCGUCGUUUUUACGUCCAGUGAAGCGGAGCCGGGGCUAUCAAGCGCCAGAUCCUUAUGGCUCUUCAUCAUCACCCUCUUCUGCCUCCCCUCAAAGUCCUCCAUCCAAUGCAGCCAGAUAUUUUUCUUCCCUACAGCCGCGAAGGCACUUAUCGCAAUAUGUUGAGACAUCUGCUGACAUCACAUACCCUAACGCAGCUGCGACGGAAGACUUCGCCGUCGAAAAUGACGAUCCCUCUCCACUUAGCCGAGCUCGCAACAAGGCUGAGCUCUUCAAGCCGAAGACUCCGAGUCGUCUACGGGAAUCCACGCGGAUUCCUAGUAGCAAUACGUCAACGCCGUCUGCUCUUGGCUAUUCUUCCCCCUCUUUCCUUGGUGCGUUACUGGAUAACAGUCCCUAUCGUUCGGAUCCCAUGUCCAUCGAUGGUUCCUCAUACCUUCAAAAUCCAGAUACACCCCCAGUCGGAUCUAUUCCUUCUGGUUUCCGACGGGAGGACCUUACGCCCCUCCCGCCCCUCCGCCCAGGAGCCUCGCCCACCGCUCCUAUCCCCGCUAACACCCCACCCCGCACUCUUGUCGACGAUGUUGCCUGGCUGUUGCAGGCAUCGCCGGAUGGUAACUUUGCCGCACUGCCAUGGCCAGCGCGCGGAAGCCUCGUUGAAGUUCUGGACACAGAUUCGGAGGCUGUGCCGAUCGUGGAGAAAUACUGGCAGGUGGAAGGAGCAGAUCCGGUCGAGUACUUCGAGGCUCAAUUCGAGAAGUUCGAAAGCCUCGGCUUACGAUUUGUUUGA